AUGAAGGAGGGCAAUUUGGUAAAUUUGACCUUAGGGAUCAUAUUGAUUUGUUAUGGUUUGGGUGGUGGUUGGGUGAAUGGUGAAGACCCAUAUAGAUAUUACACUUUUCAAGUCACGUACGGUACACGUGCUCCUCUUGGUGUUAAGCAGAAGGUAAUCCUUGUGAAUGGGCAAUUUCCAGCCCCAAAGAUUGAGUGUGUAACCAAUGACAACAUAAUUGUAAAUGUCAUUAACAAGCUUGAUGAGCCUUUCCUCUUUACAUGGAGUGGAAUCAAGCAAAGGAGGACAUCAUGGCAGGAUGGGGUGUUAGGGACAAAUUGCCCAAUCCCUCCAAACUCAAAUUGGACAUACAAAUUCCAAGUUAAAGAUCAAAUUGGAACCUUCACAUACUUCCCUUCCAUCAACUUCCAAAGGGCUGCUGGUGGCUUUGGAGCCUUUGUGAUUCAACCUAGAAGUGUCAUAGCAACUCCCUACCCCAUUCCCGCCGCCGAGCUCGACCUUCUCAUCGGUGAUUGGUACGACACCGACCAUAAGACGUUGCGCAAAAAAUUGGAUUCGGGAAUUAUGCUCCCUCUACCUAAUCGUCUUCUUAUCAAUGGACAACCUAGUACAACACUAAUUCUUAAAAAAGGGUUAACAUAUAAGUUGAGGAUAUCAAAUGUUGGAAUAGCAACAUCAAUAAACUUUAGAAUACAAGGACAUUUGAUGACACUUGUGGAGGUAGAAGGAGGUCACACAGUGCAAGAGGCUUAUGAGUCAUUGGACAUUCAUCCAGGCCAAUCCGCUGCCGUUUUAGUGUCUCUUAAUAACCUACCAAAGGACUAUUACUUUGUUGCUUCUUCUCGUUUCACUAAACCUAUUCUUACUACCAUUGGUAUCCUUAGAUAUGAAGGCUCUUCCAUUCCUCCUUCCAAGCCUUUGCCCAUCGGACCCACCUACCAACUCCAUUGGUCCAUGAAGCAAGCCCGGACCAUCAGAUUAAAUUUGACAGCAAAUGCAGCAAGACCAAACCCACAAGGAUCAUUCCAUUAUGGGAACAUAACAGUAGUGAGAAGACUGAUAUUAGAAAAUUCAUUGAGAAAGAUCAAAGGAGCUGUUCGUUGUGCAGUGAACAAUGUGUCUUAUGUUGAUCCACCAACCCCUUUAAAGUUGGCUGAUUGGUUCAAUAUUGGUGGUGUUUUUGACUUCAAAACCUUCACUGAUUUCCCCACUUCUAGACCUGCAAUGCUUGGGGUCUCUGUUGUUAACAUCACUCUUCAUGAUUUUGUGGAAAUUGUGUUCCAAAACAAUGAAAAUACUGUCCAAGCUUGGCAUUUUGAUGGAACCAGUUUCUAUGUUGUUGGUUAUGGUUCUGGUGUUUGGAAAUAUGACAUGAGGAAACGUUAUAACUUAGUGGAUGGUAUAUCAAGACACACUGUUCAGGUAUAUCCAAAGUCUUGGACAGCUAUAUUAGUGUCAUUAGACAACAAGGGGAUGUGGAACUUAAGGUCUACAAUAUGGUGGAGAAACUAUUUGGGUCAACAAUUAUAUUUCAGAGUUUGGAAUGAUGAAAAGAGCUUAUAUACUGAGACUGACAUUCCACCCAAUGCUCUCAAGUGUGGCAAAGCAUCCAAGUAUUAAUAUAUUCAUAUAUAUAUAUUUGAAGAAUACUUGUUAAAUAUUCAUUUUCUCUGAUGAAUAAGCUUGCUUUGUGUUUAUUUAUCUUUAAUUAGAGUUUUAAUUAAAUUCAGUCACAAGAGGGUGACUGAUAAAAUUUAGUUUAAGAAAGGAGGGAGAGAGUGAAGAGGAAGAAGAUAUGAAAGGUUGAAGACUGUGAGAGAGAUAAGAGGGUUUCUACUUUCAUUUGUUAUUAUAUUUAAUCACUGUAUUUUUCUAUGUUGUAAUAAAUCCUUUAAGCAGUUCAUUUCAGUUGUUUGAGUAGUUAAGUUCUUCAUAAUUUGUCAUUGUUCCUAAUUCUUUGUGGUUUACUCUUAAAAAUCUAUAAAAAGAGCUCCAUUUCUUUCCUUAUUUUUUUAUUAGAUGCCUAUUUUUGGCCAACAAACUAAAGGAACUUUUAUUAACAAACGAUCCCACCUCAAUUUCCAACACUUCAGUCUAUGAAGGAUGAAAAGUUUCUUUACCAUUUUGGUAACCAAUGUCGAUAAAAAUUAACUUUGAAAGACAAAAUUAAAAUCUUAUUGAUAAUACAAGGAAUGAAUUUUAGAUUUAUUCAAGAUACAUGGACUAAUUAAAUAAUUCAAAAUACAUAGAUCAAAAUAGAGCAAAAUCCAAAGUACA